GACAAGUUCCACCCCAUUCAAGUCCUUAUUGACCCCCCUCUCUCUCUCUCCCCCCCUCUCUCUCCACCUCCGAUUUUUAUUGCCAGCCCCCUGCAAAAGCUCUCUUCAAAAAUCACCCCCCCUAUAUCCAAUGGAAAGAAAGAUCUCUCUUUGGGUAUAUGAUGUCUUACCCUGCUGUAACUGGAACAAGAUGAGAGGGGCUCUCAAUACAUUGCCUAGUCCUGUAGAGGCCAGGCAUCGGUUGCCGGGAUCGACUGAUGACGCAAACAAAAGGUCUCAAAGAAGUAAAGAUUUUAAAGAUAAUGACAAGGGUUUCAGCACUUCCUUCCAAGAUAGGAGCUCAAGCUGCAAAUUUCUUUCUUUGAAACUGGUCCUAGUUAUUAUUAUAUGCGGAACUUUCUUGACAGUGCUCCAUUCACCCACAUAUGAAAAUGAUCGUCUCACAAAUCCUCUUUCCCAGUCAAGAUUCGUUGAUGUGGGGUGGCUAUGGGAGAGGGCCCUUGCUGAUUCACGUUAUGCAUCGCAUGUAGAUGUUAAUUGGGCUCAAAUUUCAAAAAUUGUCAACCAACUUGCUGACAAUAAAAAUGGACAGCUGGAAAUCGGCUUAUUAAAUUUCAAUGGUAGUGAGAUCAACCACUGGCAGCAGGUUGUGCCAGGUACCCACUGUGUCAUCCUUCACCUGGAGUAUGCUAGGAAUAAUAUUACUUGGGAGGAUCUAUACCCGGAAUGGAUUGAUGAGGAAGAAGAAUCUGAGGUGCCCAUUUGCCCAUCUCUACCUGAGCCUGAGGCAGUGAAAAAACCACAACUUGAUCUUAUAGCUGUCAAGCUUCCCUGUCGUCGGUGGUCAGUAAAUUGGUCGAGAGACGUUGCUCGGUUACAUCUGCAGCUUGCAGCUGCGAAGCUUGCUGCUUCUGCGAAGGGAAACCACCCAGCGCAUGUGAUCUUUGUUACUGAUUGUUUCCCUAUUCCGAACCUCUUCAUGUGCAAGGAACUUGUUGUCCGUGAAGAAAAUACAUGGAUGUACAAGCCCAACCUGAGAGUAUUGAGGGAAAAGCUUCGGCUUCCAGUUGGAUCGUGUGAGCUUGCAGUCCCACUCAAGGCCAAAGAGAGGUCCUACUUAGGAACUGCACAUCGGGAGGCAUACGCGACCAUACUCCAUUCAGCACACGUAUAUGUCUGCGGUGCAAUCGCUGCAGCCCAGAGCAUCCGCUUAGCAGGCUCUACAAGGGACCUUGUCAUACUUGUUGACGAGACAAUCGGUGAGUAUCACAGAGGGGGCCUCGAAGCUGCUGGGUGGAAAAUUCGGACGAUCCAAAGGAUCCGGAAUCCAAAGGCAGAGCGGGAUGCGUACAACGAAUGGAACUACAGCAAGUUCCGGCUGUGGCAGCUGACUGACUACGACAAGAUAAUAUUCAUCGAUGCAGACCUGCUCAUCUUGAGGAAUAUUGACUUCCUAUUUGGGAUGCCAGAGAUAACAGCCACUGGCAACAAUGCUACGCUCUUCAACUCAGGUGUGAUGGUAAUUGAGCCCUCCAACUGUACUUUUCAGCUGCUGAUGGAUCACAUUAACGAGAUAGAAUCUUAUAACGGAGGCGAUCAGGGAUAUUUGAACGAGAUCUUCACAUGGUGGCAUCGAAUUCCAAGACACAUGAACUUUUUGAAGCAUUUCUGGAUAGGUGACGAGGAGGAGAAGAAAGAGAUGAAGACCCGUCUGUUUGGAGCAGAUCCGCCCAUCCUUUACGUCCUUCACUAUCUGGGUAAUAAGCCUUGGAUAUGUUUCCGGGACUACGACUGCAAUUGGAACGUGGAUAUAUUGCAGGAGUUUGCGAGUGAUAUUGCGCAUGCAAGGUGGUGGAAAGUGCACGACACAAUGCCAGAGAAUCUGCAGAAGUUCUGCCUGCUGCGGUCAAAGCAGAAAGCGGCUUUGGAGUGGGACCGGAGGCAGGCUGAGAAGGGGAACUACACAGACGAGCAUUGGAGGAGGAAUAUAACAGACCCGCGUCUGAAGACUUGCUUUGAGGAAUUCUGCUUCUGGGAGAGCAUGUUGUGGCAUUGGGGAGAGACGAAUUGGACAGACAACGGCACUGUUCCUGCAACUCCCCAGCUUCACUUCAUGCUUUGUGCAGCUAUAGAUCUGGGAAUGGUUCCUACAAAUCAAGGGGACGAAGCGAUGUGGGUACAUGCCUAAACAUGAUGUAACUAUAUUUCAUGGUUUGGCUUUGACAUUCUUAUUCAGUCGAUUCUAUUUUAGUUGCACUGUCGCCAAGUUCAUGUAUUUGAUCAUAUUGAUGUUUCUGUUAAGCUUCCUACCCAUGAUUUUCAGAUUUAGGUGGACACAGAACCAUGAUCAUGUGUAUCGACUACCACCAAAAAUCAAGUGUAUAAACCAUCCUGCUCUGUACCUGCA